UCAGGCACAUCCAUCCACAUCCCGGUCCCCGAUUACGGCGCCGUCGUCUCCAUCUCUGAAGCUCCGCGUCGCCCGUGUGACUUCGCCACUGCACCGUCUGCUGCUCCGGCAAGCUGCUGAGGCAAGGAAAGUCGCCGGCGGCCACACCGACAGCGCCGCACCACUGCACCGCCUCGUCUGGAGUCGCCAUCGGCUCGGAUCGACAUGAUGCCAAACCCAAUCGUCAGCGCCACCAUGGGGGUGAUGAACCCUCUCCUCGGCAAGCUCGCCGCGCUGCUGGGCGACGAGUACAAGAAGCUCAAGGGGGUGAGGAAGCAGGCCUCGUUCCUCAUGCGUGAGCUCAGCUCCAUGAAAGCUGCCCUCGAGAAGCUGGAGCUCAUGGACGAGCUGGAUCCGCUGGCCAAGAACUGGAGAGACCAUGUUAGAGAGAUGUCCUACGACAUGGAGAAUUGUAUUGAUGACUUCAUGAGCCAAUUUGGAGGUGCCGACGCUAAUGCAGGCCUCGUCAAGAAGACGGCUCAACGCCUGAAGACGUUGCGGGAGCGUCAUCGCAUUGGCCAUCGAAUGGAGGAGCUCAAGGUUCUUGCUCUACAGGCAAAUGAGCGACGCAUGAGGUACAGGAUUGAUGAUUGCGUCGAUUCUAGUUCUAGUGUUGUGCCUGUUGAUCCCCGAAUAUCCGCGAUUUACAAGGAGGCAGCAGGCCUUGUGGGUAUUGAUGGUCCCAGAGAAGAACUUGUCAGUCGGUUGGUAGACAUUGAGAAAAAACUCAAGGUGAUAUCCAUUGUGGGAUUCGGCGGUCUGGGUAAAACUACACUUGCCAAGCAAGUGUACAAUAAGAUUGGUGGGCAAUUUGACCGUAAGGCAUUUGUUUCAGUUUCCCAAAAGCCCGAGAUGACAAGCUUUCUCCGUGGCCUACAACUAAAGCUUGGAAUGGAGGAGUCUUCUAGCGUUUGUGAGGUGCAAGACAUCAUCGACCGUCUUAGAAAGCAUCUCAUGUCUAAAAGGUACCUUAUUGUAGUCGAUGACUUGUGGGAUCAGUCAGCAUGGAAUAUUAUAAGUUGUGCCUUUCCCGAAGAUGGUAAUGGAAGUAGAAUAAUUGUAACCACGCGACUGAGUGAUGUGGCCUUCGGGGUGUGUCGUCAUGACCGUGAGUGCAUUUACAAAAUGAAUCCACUCCAAGAGCAAGACUCAAGGAGGUUAUUCUAUAAUAGAGUCUUUGGUUCUGAAGAUUUAUGUCCACCCCAAUUUAAAAAAGUUUCAGCUGAAAUUUUGAAGAAGUGUGGUGGACUACCACUUGCAAUCAUCACUAUAGCCAGCUUAUUAGCUAGUUGUAAAUCAAGGAAUGAGUGGGAGGCCAUAAGGGAUUCUCUGAGCGCCAAGUUUGCCACAAACCCCAACUUGGAAGAAAUGAGGAGUAUAUUAAACCUCAGCUAUAUGCAUCUUCCUCUUUAUCUCCGUGCAUGUUUUCUCUACCUUGGCAUGUAUCCAGAGGACCACAAGAUCAAAAAGGUUGAUCUUGUUCGACAAUGGGUGGCUGAAGGCUUUGUUAGUAAUGUACAUGGAUCAAAUUUGGAGGAUGUUGCGAACAGUUAUUUCCAUGAGCUUAUCAAUAGAAGCAUGGUUCAGCCUGAAGAUACCCUAUGUGGGGAUGUGUUGUCAUGUAGUGUACAUGAUAUGAUGCAUGAUUUAAUCUUAAGCAAGUGCGGUGAAGAUAAUUUUAUCUCUGUGGCAUAUGAUUGUGAAGAUAAGACAUGGCAGCAUGGCUGUAAAUACAAGGUCUGUCGAUUAUCUCUGAAAUCAAGCGCUGGUGGCGCAAUGUUGGGGGCAGUUGCUAGUAGCUUAUCACAAAUUCGAUCACUUGCAUGGUUUGGAGAGUCGAAGUACUCACUUCUUCUUUCACAAUUUAAGUAUCUCCGUGUGCUUUUCUUUGAAUAUCCAGGCUACCGGGAUAUGGUAGUCGACCUCACUACAGUUGGUCACUUGUUUCAGCUGAGGUAUUUGAAGGUUUCAGCAGCAUCAGCUAGUAUAGAGCUUCCUACAGAAAUUCACAGGCUUGUUCAUUUGGAGACACUUGAUAUAGAUGGCCGAUUGGCACAAAGCAUCCCAUCAGAUAUAACAAUGUUGCGCCGUUUGUCCCAUCUGAUUCUUCCGCAUGAUACAGGACUGCCAAAUGGGAUUGGGAACAUGAAAUCACUACAUACUCUACGAUGUUAUUGCAUGGGUAAGAGCUCAUUGGAAGAUAUUGAGGGCCUCGGCGAGCUCACUAAUCUGAGGGAACUGACACUCACGAAAUCCUACAAGUUCGAUAUGGUGAAGUCAGGGGUUGAUGCUUUGGUCACCUCCAUCGGAAAGCUCCGUGACCUCAAAUCUCUAUACCUCGCUUGCAAUCUUGAACAUUAUGUUGACUUGCUGGACUCAUUAUCUGAACCUCCUCUCCGUAUGGAGAAACUACGUCUGCGAGGAUGGCCAUUCUACAAGGUUCCAAAAUGGAUUGGUGAUCUUGACUACCUACAUACCCUGUUUCUGUGUAUUGAGCAGUUGUCAACUGACGAUAUUCAUGUUCUUGGGCAGCUGCCAUCCCUGGUCUACCUCAGUCUCAAGGUGUUGUGUAUUCCACGAGAGAGGGUUGCCAUAAUCUGUGGAGGAGGAUUAUUCCCAGUUCUGGAGUGCCUUGCUCUCAGAUCCCGUGAUGAUGAUACUACGGCAUGCAUGGAGUUCAAGACGGGGGCUAUGCCCAAGCUACGAAAGCUCGUUCUAGGAAUACAUGAUAGGUGGGGUGGAAGUGCGAUGCCAGUUGGCAUGGUGUGCCUGUUAUCCCUUGACCAAAUCUAUGUUGAUAACAUGUCAUCUGUCCAUGAUGACCGUGAUCUCGAGUCUACCUUCAGGAAUGCAGCACAGGUGCACCCAAGACGCCCUUCUGUUACAAUCUUUUGAUCGGCCUUCACUGUAACUUAUCACCGCCCUUUUCUUUUUUACUACUAGGUCUUUUAGUCAUUAUUCUGCUUAUUUACCGUGUAAGAGCUUUGGUUUGUUAAUUUCUCACAUACCCUGUAAUAUCUGAUUUCAUGGUUUGGGAUGGAAU